GGGCUUGAAAGUGAAGCUGAGCAAGUGUGCAUUCUUCCAAAAGGAGGUAAAGUACCUCGGCCAUGUCAUCUCUGCUGAUGGUGUGUCUACAGAUCCGGAUAAGAUCUCUGCAGUGGCAAACUGGAACUGCCCCACUACUGUGUCGGAGUUACGAUCCUUUCUGGGCUUUGCUAGUUACUACAGGCGCUUUGUGGAGGGAUUUGCCGAUUUGCCGGAAGCAGCAGCAACCUCUGGGGGACAGUUGGACUGAAGAGAGUGACAGGAGUUUCCAGGAUCUCAGAGCAAAGUUGACAAAAUGCUGCUCCCAGCGAGCGUUCUGAUUGGCCUACUGUGCCUGAGCAAUGCGGGCGGUGCGUGGGGUUUCGCCCGUCUGCAGGACGACGUGGAGCUACGCUCGGCUUUCUCGGUUGCACGCACCAACAGCAUGGAGGGCGGGCCCAAGAUGACCGUGACCUUUGACGCAAUUUAUGUCAACAUUGGUGGGGAUUUUGACCCCAAGACUGGCUUGUUUCGCUGUCGCAUCACCGGGGCCUACUUCUUCUCCUUCACAGUGGGGAAGUUCCCACACAAAGACCUGUCAGUGAUGCUGAUGAAGAACAGGAAUGAGGUGCAGGCCAUCGUGUAUGAGGAGAACGCCGGCGAGGAGAGGAAGGUGCAGAGUCAGAGCGUCAUGCUGCAGCUGGAGUUUGGUGACACCGUCUGGCUCCGUCUCCAUGGUGACCCUCGCUAUGCGCUCUACAGCAACACGGGACACUACACCACCUUCAACGGUUACCUCAUCUACCCCGACACCUACGACUUCCAGACACACCACCACCAUUCUAACUCCAACUCCCAGCAGCCCCAGGAGGAGAACAAGCCCCUGUUGAACAGCAAGCAGGCCACCGAGAACAUCAGGUCUGAAACAACAGACGCACCGGUGGUGGUGGAGGAGAAGGAGCAGCAACAUCAGGAGGUAGAAGAGGAAGAGUAUGACGACGAGGAGGACGACCAGAGAUCUGCCUUCUCGGUAGGGCGCACCCAAAGCAUUGUGGGAGUCAACCAAGUGGGCCUGCCGCAGCACCAGCCGGUCAGCUUCGACACGGCGUUCGUCAACAUCGGGGAAGACUUUAACGUGACAGAGGGGGUGUUCACUUGUCGCGUUCCUGGAGCCUACUACUUCUCCUUCAACGUGGGCAAGAUGCCGCAGAAGACGCUGUCCGUCAAGCUGAUGAAGAACCACCUGGAGGUGCAGGCGAUGAUCUAUGACGACAGCCAGGGCGAGAAGGCUCUGCAGAGUCAGAGUUUGAUGCUGUCGCUGAAACUGGGAGAAAUCGUCUGGCUCUACUCCCACCAGAAAGAUGGCUUUGGAGCCUACAGCAACCACGCCAAGUACAUCACCUUCACUGGCUUCCUGGUAUAUCCAGACUUACCCAACACUACAACCACCACCGGAGCCAGCCAAUCAUAUGCAGAAAAGAAGCCCUAGCCACAGCAUAGGGGCUUGGGACUGAACAUUGUGGGGGGAAUUCAGUAAGUGGAGAAGUCCGAGUCCACAAAAGGCGUUGGGCAGUUUGUGGGUAGCGUGCCGAAUGGAGGAAACUCACAGUUGUCUUUGACGUUUCCUCUUACUAGGAAUUUCUUCACAAAAUCACGGGGACCUUUGACUGAGUGCAAUGCUUAAAAGAAAAUCUCUUCAAAUUCCAGCUUUUAGCUUCCCAGGAUAAGACUUCAUCAUAUUCAAACGUGAAACUUCGAAUGACAGUAAUGUGAACUCAAAUUCAAUAUUUCACUCUAUAAUGAAAACUGCGGCAUUACCUGUUCACCGCCGUGUCAGCCAAACCACCACAGGGAGAUAGAUGUUGUACUUCCAUGACAUUGCAAUUCAACAACGCUAAAACUACCCACUGUUAGUUAUUCUGUUAGUGGUUUAUAAUCAAUCCAGAAGGGCACUCUUGGAGCGCAGAAUUCGACCAAGGGAGUUUUCAUAAGUGACAAAUAAUGCGUAUCUACACCCUUGGAUUUGGAUACCCUCCUAAAUUGAAUAUUUUCUUCCUUGUCCAAUGCUGCACCCUUCCACAAAGUUUAAUGAAAAUUGGGCCUGUAGAUUUUCUGGACAAGGUAAUGAUUUUUGGUACUUGACAUUUCCUGGGUUUACAUUCAGCAUCUCCCAUUAAAGUGAAAACUAAAUUAAAAGUGUUUUUUUUAAACUAGAAGCCAGGCUCACAACCUGUUAAGGAUCAAAGUCACCCUGCCUACUGUACAUGUAGGUGAGGAGGUAAUCUCAGUCAUUUUCAUUUUAAAGUAAAAAAAAUUCUGUAAGUGCAUUUGUAAUUCUUGUCAAAGACUUGUUGUUUCUGCUUGUAUGUAAAAUGUCCCUUUACUUUAGUUCUGUCUUUAGAGGCAUGUGAAACUGAUACAAGCGUGUGUUUCGUGUCAAAAAGAGUCUUCAUUUUAUUUAUAUCAGAGUGUUUCUCGCUCCGAUGCUUAGCCACAGCGGGAGCAGAGGAAACCAACCGUUCUGAUAAAGCGCAGACUGCAUAUCCAUCCCAACUGUUGACCACAUGCCACCUCUGGGCCUGCGGGGAUGCGGACCUUAAUUUGAUUUCUAAUUCUAGCAGCAGUUUCAUUCAUUUCUUCAGAUGGCGUCCACUGUGGGGAAAAUUGAACAGCUUCUCCGAGGCCACUGUAAUAUGCAUGUCCGUUUAAUUUCACACCAUCGGGAGAAAGAUGAACCUUGACUUUAUGAAAUCACCUACUCUGUUGGAGAGGCACCGUGUGAAGUGAUACUUUGCUGUAAUUGAACAUUUACAUUUUUCUUAAAAAGGUAGUUUUCUGUGAAGUGAAGUUAUGCUAUAAAUGAUGGGCUUGACACACUAGGGUUCUGCUAGCAGGCUAGUUUAUUUGAAGAGAAUGUACAUUUUAGACCAAUAUAAGUAAGGAUUGAACACAGCAUGAGCGGGCACCAAUAUCAGUUUACAGAAUUCUAAUUAUAAGUCUAUCAAAGCAAACUUGGUUUGGUUCAUUUGAUUUCUGCUGUCAUUAAAAAGAUGAAAAUAAUUUUACGUGGUGCUGAAAGCAUUGACAAAUGACAGUUAAUGUAACACUAAUCAAUAUUUUUGUCUAAACAAUGGACCAAAAACUCACCACAGCAAUCAUUUUAUUGCUUUGGUUUAUUCUUACUGCCAUUAUUAACUUUCCAGCCAAAAAAAAACAAACCCACGAAACCCUCAAAUGACAGACACAUUUAGAGACUAGUUGGAGAACAUGGAUAGAACCUUUCCCAGCUUCAGAGCAAUCUGUUUUCUCAGGAGAUAGUGGAGACCAACAUAAGAGCUAAAAGCAGAGAGUUACAUUCAUCACUUCAAUGAAAGCAUGAGUCAAAAAUAAUGAUAAUGUCAGGGGUCAGAAUAAAUCUGAGGGGUCACUCGACAAUUGAUAAUAUAAAAAAGAAAAAGGAAAAAAAUAAUUCCCAUUUCCACACUGAGGCCAUAACCUUUCAAAAUAGGUACUAGGUAGACCUUUUAGGGCUCGCAAGCCAUCCCACAUGCAAAAAACUGUCCAUUGAAACGAAUUACAAGUUGAGAUAAAGAUAUCUAUCCCCAGAUGGGAGAUGUGGUUGUUGCAGCAGCACAAAGGCAUAAUAAAAAGGGAUAAAUAAAGAGAGUACAAAUAUAAGUAUACUUAGAAUGCAUUCAGGUACAUUUUAAGACAGUAUUACAAGUUAAACUGACAGUGGUUUGAUGAAUAUUUUCACAAUACCACUCAAAGCUAGUGAAAAUCCAUACUGAAAAAAGAAAAAAACAAGUACUGCAUUGUUACAUCGUUACACAACGGCAAAUCACAGAAAUGAAGUAAGUAAAAUGAAGGGUUCUCUUGGUGUAUUCCACUGAAAUAUCUCAAAUUAAACACAAUCAGAUAAAACUGAAAAUGUGACGAGUGGGGAAAGCAGAAUUUUCUGAAAUUAGCUGAAAGUCCCAAGCGUCUUCACCUCACAGCGUUCUCUUUAGCACCGGAGGGAAUGGCCUCACACACCUCUUCAGAAAACUAAUAAGCAACAGCAAGUCUCCGGCGACCUCACACUCUCACCAGGCAUCUCUGUAACAGUGUUACUAAUCGACAAUUUCCUCUCCUCUAGUCAGAAAAUGACACAGUUUUGGACAAGAGAUGCACAUUUGUUUGCAGGAUGAAAUUGCUGUGGGUUUGCCUCAUUUCAGGAAAUAAUGCAUUCUGUUCAAAUCCAACCCUUUAUAUAAUUCAGCCUGAGAGACUCCAGUGCUUGAGGGUGGACCUGUGGCUGCUUCAGCUUUACUUUGAGACAAACCUGACCCUGUUCAGUAAGUCAUGAUCAGAACUUGUGGUGCGUGAAAUGACUUGAGCAUAACUCAUCUGAAGCACUUGUGUGAUGCAUGCAUGUAACUAGAAAUACAAUUAAAAAAAGAAAAGUUGUCAUGACUUGCUGACCAGCUUUACAGGCCCAGGUGACGCCUGUUAACCUGGUAUUUGUGAAUUAUCUGUACAGUAACUGACAAUGUGUUGGAUGUUCCUGGUCUGUGCUUCUUUCUUUUUGAUAAUCCUGAUGAAAGAUGGAUCAUCCUGUAUUAGUAACUACUGUAUUUCCAGCAGACUUGAGUCAAAAUGUGGUUGAAAACGAUCCAAAAUAAGAAAUUGUGUGUCCCAAAAGCACAAAUCCAACCACAAUGAAAAAAAUAAUAAUUAUAUGUUGACCAAUGUCUACAGUAGUCUGGUCCAUGUUGACUCUUGUUUUGAGUAUUUCUUACAUGUAAAAUGAAUGCUUCAUUGCAAAUGUUUGACAAAAUAAAAAACUGGAAAUGUAAA